GACGUAAAAUGGAGGAUGACAAUACAAGUGCAAGAAUUCCUAUCGUAGAUUUUUCUUCAUGCAACACUUUCGAUUUCUCUAAUAUUCAUGAAACGAACACGGAAAUUAAAAAUAUUGCUCAAGAAAUUAUCGAUGCAUUUACUGAAAUCGGUUUUGUCUACAUCAAGAAUCAUGGAAUACCUCAAAGUCAGAUAUCAAAGUUGUUUGGAGUUGCGAAAGAUUUUUUCACACUUAGUCAUGAAGAGAAAAGCAAGUUUAGUCGUGACGCAAAAGUUUCAAAUCAUGGUUACGUAGGCCUCGGAGUUGAAACAAUUGAUCCAAGUAAACCAGGAGAUUUGAAAGAAGCAUUUAACAUUUCAGAACUGUGGAAUGAUGAAAUUUCUUGGCCUGACGGAAGUUGCUCCAAUUUUAGACCCACUGUAAAUGAAUUUACUUCUGCAUGCACUGAGUUAGCUUUAAAAAUCUUGGAUUUAGUGGCAAUUGGACUUGAUCUUAAGGAUAAAACAUUGAUGCGUCAAACACAUAAGUUUAUAGGAACCAAACAUAACCAAUCAACCUUAAGAAUUCUUUAUUAUCCUGUGCUAAAGACAUUGUCAAAAGGUGAAGUUCGUUUAGGGGCACAUAGUGACUAUGGUAGUAUCACAUUGUUAUUCCAGGAUGAAGUAGGUGGUUUGGAGGUGUUAGAUAAAAAUGGCAAAUUCAAACCUGUUCAACCGAUUGAAGGAACAAUUGUAGUGAACAUUGCUGAUUUGCUUCAACGCUGGAGUAAUGAUAAAUUAGUUUCUACUAAACACAGAGUUGUUGUUCCCAAUGAGGAAAACCUUCUGUAUGUAUCUCGCCAAUCAGCUGCUUUCUUUGUUCAUCCUGAUAAUGAUGUCAUCAUUGAAUGUCUUGAUGGUUCAAGAAAUUAUCCCCCAAUAUCCUCAUUUGACUAUCUCAAGUAUCGACUUAAUGAAACAUAUUUAAAAUAGAUUUUUAUGGCGAAAUAUUCUUCAAAUUUUUUAAAGAUAUUUGUUUUAAGUGAAAAUGAAAUGAAAGAAAGCAAAUAUGCGUCAAAUAUUAAAAUUAUUGUCCAGGAUCGGUGUUAAAUUAA